GUGUACUGCGGUCUUGUGCAGCACCGAAGACGCAGCCGCAGGCCGAGACGACCGAGCUGGAGGCGGACUUGUCGCCGGCGGCGCGAUGUGCUCUUCGCUGCGCGGCCACGGUGAUUGGAAAAGCCGACGCCGCCGCGAACCAGACCGCGGAUCUCACGAAGCUCACCCUUGGAAGGCUGACCAAAGCGUCUGCAGCUGCAAAGUCAAAGUCUGCGGCGGUGGCGGAUGAGCUCAAGGAGGAAGCGGCGCGGGCCUCGCGCUGGGUGGCUUCUUCUCGCCUGGCGCGAGCCAGCGAGCGCCGUGCCCAGGAGAUGUGCGAAGGCUUGGUGGCGGCCUGCGGCUGCGUGGGGCGAAAGGCCCAGGCCGCAAAGUGCCGGGCCAUGUGCUGCUACGCCUCGGGUGCCCACGCCUUGGCAGGUGCCAUGGAGAGCAUGGCGGAGUCCGCCGAGAAGGUGCAAGCCCCAAGUUUCCGGGGUGAGGGGUGCCAGGCAGAGAGCAGCCUGAUGGGAGUUAGGCGCCUCGGCUGCGAGGAGGAUGGCGAGCAGCGGCGCACUCCCACAGGCGCCGGGGGGCCGCGGGGCCGCGUGAGCGACUCGACUGGUGCACAAUGCCAAACCUCGCCACUUCCGUUCCGCCUUGCGAGUGGAACUCGCGAUGCGGCCAUGGCGCGCAACGCGAGCUUCGCGCUGUAUGAUGCCUUGGAGCUAGCAAGAGAUGCCAGCCCAGCAGAGGUGAAGCGAUCCUACAGGAGGCUCGCCGCGCUGCACCAUCCGGACAAAGGAGGGGAUCAAGAGAGGUUCAAGGAGGUGAGCUUUGCCUAUGAAGUGCUCAGCGAUCCCGAGCGGCGGCUCCAGUAUGAUGAGAAAGGAGACCGGCUCUUCUACACCGGCCCGCCUGCGAAUGCUGAGGAGCUGGCCGAGAGGCUCUUCCAAGGCCCUGGUGGGAAGCGACUGCGAAAGAAGACCAAGCAGAAGUUCGUGCCACUCUCGGUGUCCUUAGAGCAGCUCUACCUUGGCUCCACGGAGAAGCUGUUCGUCUUGCGGAAGGUCGUCGACACCUCCGAGCCCGUGCGUCAGUGUGUGCAGUGCAAGGGCAUGGGCGCCGCUUUGGGCGCCCUGUUGCCCUGCAAGGCCUGCGCCGGGACCGGCAACACCUGGAAGGUGGGUCAGGUGGAGGAAGCCUUCGAGAUCUUCGUGGAGAAGGGCGCCGUGCACGGGCACGCCGUCGUCUUCGCCGGCAAGGCGGACGAGCAGCCAGGGUCCGACGCAGGGGACCUCAAGGUCGUUCUGCACGAGAAGGAACAUCCUCGCUUCAAACGGCGCGGCGCUGACCUCUUCUGCACCAUGGAGGUGAGUCUCCUGGAGGCCUUGACGGGCUUCCGCCGGGUCCUGGAGCACCUGGACGGGCGACGUCUAGUCGUGAAGUCCGGGGAGUCCCUGCAGCCGGCGGCGGAUGGGGUGGCCAUGAAGGCCGUGAAGGGCCAGGGCAUGCCCUUGAAGGGCCAACCCUUCCGCUUCGGGAACCUCUUUGUGGCGGUGAAGGUCAUCUUCCCGACGGAGCGUUCAGAAAUUAAUGGGGUGCUGGAGCUUCUGCCUGAGGAUGCUGAGGAGGAAGUUGGCAAGGAGGUGUGCUUUGUGGACCGCGACCCCAUGAACUGUUGA